AUGAAGAAAUAUCAUUUGUAUCACAGAGUGGCGACUCCCUAUCACCCUCAUACAAGUGGACAGAUUGAAGUGUCAAAUAGAGAGUUGAAGCACAUUCUUGAAAAGACAUUUCGCUUGUCGGCAUAUGAGAAUGUCAAGUUAUAUAAAGAAAAGACCAAGAAAUGGCACGAUGCUCAUAUUGUGCCUAAGCAGUUUACAGAAGGCAAUCAUGUGCUACUGUAUAACUCUCGCUUGCGUCUAUUUCCUGGCAAACUAAUGUCGAGAUGGAGUGGACCUUUUAAGGUGAGACAUGUAGCUGAGCAUGGCGCAAUUGAGCUCGAAAGUGCAAAUGGCGAGACUUUCAAAGUUAAUGGUCAUAGGUGCAAACCAUACUUAGUUCCGUUGACAGACGAAGGACGAGAGUGUUACACUCUCGAUGCCCCAAACUAA